AUGGGCCAGACAUACAAGGAGAUAUCAGCGAUUGCCCAGAAGCGACGUGACGAUGCCCUUAAUGCCUUCUUUCAAGUUCCUGAUAUCAAAGAUGAGGACUUGCCCCAGGACCUGAGGUCAUAUCCAAAGACUUCUGGUCUACUCUCAGCUGAAGAGUUAGAGAUCAUCAACUCCGAUGCCGAAACGCUCACCAGGAGAAUCAAAGACAGGACCUUGACAUCAGUCGCCGCAACCAACGCUUUCUGCAAAGCGGCAGUCAUUGCCCAAAAGCUGACCAACUGCGUAACCGAAGUCCUGUUCCGUGAAGGGCUGGAACGAGCUAUAUACCUCGAUGAAUACCUCGCGAAGAACAACAAAACCCUUGGCCCGCUCCAUGGCUUACCAUUAUCCCUGAAAGAUAACUUCAUGACACCUCCUCACCCAUCGUCAAUUGGCAUGUCGAUGUACGGCAACGAACCCACCGAAAAAGCAUCGGUUAUGGUCGACAUUCUUCGCGACCUUGGUGCCGUCUUCUAUGUCAAGACCAAUGUCCCAACGGCCAUGUUGAUGCCCGUAACCGCCAACAGAGUAUGGGGAGAAACAAGAAACCCCAUCCAUAAGGGCCUCACCCCAGGCGGUUCUUCAGGAGGAGAAGGAGCCAUUUUGGCCAUGAAAGCUUCUCCACUCGGGGUUGGAACUGACAUUGGUGGGAGUAUUCGAAUUCCAGGCGCCUUUUGCCAUUUGUAUGGACUGAAGCCCUCCUUUGGACGUUUCCCAGUGUGGGGAGGUAGGCCCAGUAUUCCUGGCCAGGAUUUUGUCUACGCUGUCUGCGGGCCCAUGGCCACCUCACUUCAAUCCGUGAAACUGUUCUGUGAAUCGGUGCUUUCAAAUGAGGUGGCGCCGUGGAAUUAUGACCCGAAGAUCAUUCCUAUGCCUUGGAGAAAGGAAGUAAUUCAACCAAAAGGAAGGAAAUUGCGGGUCGGUAUAUCACCGAACAACGACAGCAUAGUAACGUGCCACCCACCGCCUGAAAGAGCGCUUGAAAUGGUCAAGAAGGCAUUGAAGGAUGCCGGCCAUGACGUCUUUGAAUGGGCACCAGUAGGUCACCGAGAAAUCAUGGCUCUCCUCCUCGAGGCCUUCGGCGAGCUAGCCUCAUCAGCAGUGAUCCCGAACCUCGAAGCUUUCCAAGAGCCACUGUACGACUCGAUGAAAAGGAUCCUUAGCAGCAGCCAGUCCGCGGGACCCAAGUUGGGGCCCGACAAGCUGCGGGAGAUGAUUAUGAAACGAAAUCAGUUUCAAAAGGAUUAUUUAGAUCGCUGGAUCGCCACAGCCACAGCCACGGACGGACCCAUGGAUUGCAUCAUCACUCCUGUCGCACCAGCCGCCGCAGCGCGUCUGGGUCUGGGUGAGCGAGUCGACUAUCUGGGCUACACGGGCAUUGCAAACCUGCUUGAUCUGCCCGCUUGCACCUUUCCAGUCACUUACGCGGACAAGGCGCUCGAUGUCAAACGCGGGGCCGACUGGAAGCCGCUGACAGACAAGGACCAGGCGAUACAGGCUGACUAUGACCCUGAAUUCUACCACGGAGCACCCGUGUCGCUGCAGCUUAUUGGCAGGCGUUUGGAGGAGGAGAAGGUGGUGGAGAUGGUCGAGAUAGUUUCAGAGCUGCUCAAGUUUCAGCCCUAA